UGUAUAUACGUAUAACUGUAGUGAAAAGAUCCCACUUUUGAUCUUGAUUACAAUCAUGAAGUGUGUAUUAGCUUUUGUUUUCGUUGUUGUUCUUUCAGUGGUGUAUGGAGAGAGAUGUCAAAUAGCAAGUGACUGUACAUUGGAAUCAUGCGGAAACGGUGCAAUGGUGGAAUGCAACGACGAAAACUUGUGUACCUGUCGCGACGCAACAGCAACCACCUGCCAUACAGCGAAAGACUGUGACCACCAUGGGCCAUGCCAUGAACAUGGUCACGGACACCACGCCUCAUGGCAUUGCUUUGAUGGAGCAUGCAGAUGUAUCUAAGCACCGAAUUGAGUGAUUGAAAUAAACAUUACAUUUUCUCAG